CCUGUCUCUUCCAGGUUAUCUAUUUUCCAGGUCUAUCCCCGUGCGACCCUCCCGACCAACAAUAACUUAUGUUCAGGCGGAGAGGUGCGGAGAGGCACACAUGUGAGGUGUCAAUCCCCUCAAUCUCCGUGCCAGAACGAUAGCGUCAUGGCCGGUGAUGGGUUUGUGCGGCGAGGUCCAUAAUGCCAGCCCAGGGUCGUUUCCCGGCUCCCAGCCUUCCGCCCGUCGACGACGAAGCAACCAUCCCCUUCUCCGACCUCUUCAAAAGCGGCUUCGAUCCUGCCACUCUUGAUGCGACGACCCAGCUCGCCGACCGGAGCAUUUUUGUGACGUCCAACGGCCGCCGCUAUCGCUUUGAAAGCGUCUCAGAUCCCGCUCCAGCCUAUGGUCGCGUGCCAACCUCAGCAACUCCCGUUACUAGCCCACCAUCCUACUUCCCGACAUCGCGAUCAUACGAGAACCCUUCCUAUAAUGCCGUAGGCUGGGGAAGAGGUCCGUCAAGUGCGAGCUCAUAUUCCCCCGGCGCACAUCCGGCCCAACCGGAGUAUGCUGGGACCACCGUCCCGGCUCCGGCGCCCACUGCCGCUGCCCACGAAGUCACGAGUAUGAUGGCGCGCCUCAGCAUCGAUCGCUUCGGCGCAACGCCACUAUAUGGAGAGUCGGACGGAGGGGUGCAGGCCGCCGAGACCCUGACGGAUCCCGAUGUUGGUCCAAGGAUGCUAAUGAGUCCGGCGAGUCCCGACGGCCUGUCAACAUCCCCAACAACAGACUACAUACAAGAACAACCACAACACCGACAACCACCGCCACCGCCUCCACCAGAUUAUGCGUCGGACGGGGUGGACUACGACUACGCCAGCCCAGGUGCCGCACCACAGUAUUGGACGAAUGUCAACUACGCGAAAUACACGGCGCAAACCUAUGCUCACCUCCAGAGCUCGCGGCAGAUGGCAGUGGCGGUUACCGGGCUUCCGUCACUGAUGGAAGAUUCUACACCAAUCACGUUUUCCUACACUGACGCCGAUCCUACGCCGACGCUGUCACCAGCUUCGCCCAGCAGGGAGGUGUGGGACGGGCAAGGAACCGGGAGUGGGCACCAUUACCCGCCGCUUCAUGCCUCAGUAUCAGCGCCGCCCGCUUUUAUGGGACAGCAACCGAGCUAUCUCCAGGUUCAGGUUGCUACGAACGAAAUCGAUACUCUGACGCCUGUAGUUGUGCAUGAUCCUGCGGCCUCGACUUUCAGUGACGGUGCAAGUACGGGCCGGGAUAAUGUCUUACCGGGCGAGGUUCUCGUGUUUGACGGACCAGUCAAGAGCGCCCAAACUCUGACAGCACCAGUCUUCCGGGACAGCCUGCUGAAAGUGUUUCGAAACACCCUUACCAACGAUCUCAGAUUCUAUUGCAGAGUAGAUCGCGAGUCUGAAACGUAUUGGAUGAAAGCAAGCAAUGCGCAGCUUGUCCCCGCCUACGCCUACGACCAGCGGCUAUCCAACGUCGUGUACAUCCGCGAUAAGGAGAGCGACAAGGGGAAUGGCUACAUGCAGGCUUCGCAGGGAAACUGCAGGCCAAGUGGCAUCUACCAGUUCUCUAGCCUGAAGGCACUCUUUGACUUCCAAGCGAAGCUCACAGGCGAGAAGGUCGUUCUGGACAUUGGUAGCGUCCGGAUGGUGACGCUCAGCAGAGCAAACAGUCGGUCGAGCACACAGUACUCCAGCGCUAGACUGCAAAUCUGGCAUGAACUCGAAGGGCGGAGGAGUGCCCAAUCAGACGUGGCCUCAUUCGUUACCGCCGGCACCACACUAUCAGGCCCGCUAAGGGAAAGGCUUGUCGCGAGCUCCUCGAGGUUGAUGUUGUAUCUGGGCCGAACAGGAGAGUUUAUUACCGCUUUCAGUACGGUGUUUAGCCUACCCGUGACAGGAGUUGAGUACAGUAAUUGCUAACCUAGACACAGUUACGGAUGAUCUGGAGAUCAAGGCCGAAGGACAAACAGUGGUGAAGUUGAAGCCGAGGAAGGGCCCGCUGCCCUUUUCAAGAAAAGGGUCACGGUGGCCGUGGGUCAAAGCACACUUAGAACCGA